AUAUGGGAAAUACAUUGUAGAAUACUCAGAACCUCUUCAGAACAGAAGUACAUGUGUACUUACCCUAGUAGUCAGUACCUGCACGGGGGAGGUGCUUGAGAAGCCUGGAGGUACAUUAGUUCAGCUCUUCCUGAACUAUCAAAAUGAAGCCCAAGAAAACGGUGUUUGUGACAGUUGGAACAACCAGCUUUGAUGCUCUGAUCCAGGUGGUGUCUUCUCAGCAACUCUGCCAGCAAUUUGAAGCACUGGGCUAUUCCAAGGUGUUGCUACAGAUCGGGAGAGGUGUCUACGAGCCUGAGCCGAUAUCCAAGCGAGGAUUUAGGCUGGAAUACUAUCGCUACAAAGACUCCAUCGCAGAAGACAUCAGGAAGGCCUCUCUGAUCAUCAGCCAUGCAGGUGCUGGUAGUGUCCUGGAAUCCCUAGGCGCUGGUAAACCUUUAAUUGUUGUCAUCAAUCAACUACUGAUGGGUAAUCACCAGAUGGAAUUGGCUUAUCAGCUUUAUUUAGAUGGGCAUCUCCUAUACGCAAAAUGCAGCAAUCUACCAGGAGUUCUCAGCCAACUGGACACUUCCAUACUGAAACCGUUCCCUCCUGGUGACACCUCCAAGUUCUCGGCUUUUCUGGACAAAGCCAUGGGGCUUUCUUGACCACCUCCUCACCCUCCGCCGGGCGGCCACUUUCUGCCAAACGUUCAUGCUGCCCUGUGCUUCAAGAACCUAGAAUGGGCCUGUUUCUACAUGAUUGUCCAUUGGGAGGCUGUGUGCGGUCGUAGAAAUUAAUACACAGCCAAAACUUGGUUCACUGUUUCUGAACAUUUGCCAUCUGAGAAAGAUGAAACAGGAUGAUGCAAGACUAGAUUUGUUACAUAAGAGUAGAUGAGGCUGACACUGCAGAACCUUUAGCUUGUGCCUUUGUACUGAUCGCUUGUGUUUGUUGAUAAAACAAAACUUAUUACAGAUGCUUUCAGAAGGCCUGCCUGUUCAUUUUGGAAUCAUGUGCAGAAAAAUGAAAAUCUCCUUAAACCUGGGCUGCUUUGUGAUCCCAAUAGCUUCAUGUAGAUGCAGGAAAUUCUUAUUUCUUUCAUUUUUACCUGUUCAUUACAUUUAGUGCCAAUUACAGGCUGAAAUGACGUUAAGAUGACAAUAAAAGAAAUUGUCAGUUUUACAAGUGGUAGGAAAACCCUGGGUAAAUAUUCCAGGGAAAACCCAGGGAAUCAGGCAGGGACUGAAAACCCAGUCCACAUGUUGACCUAGGUGGGAUUCAAACCGGGGUUGCAGAGGUGGAAGGCGAGGAGAGAGCCACUGCACUGACCUGACUCCCCCAGUUGCUAAACUAAUCAAGCUUUGUGUGGAUUAAUGCCAUUAUUUUCAAAAGUACUACGACACUUUGAUUUUUAAUGAUCUAAUACCUGUAAUGAAAUUACAAAAUGUGAAUAUUGUUCGUAAAAUGUCAUAUUAUUAGAGCAAUGAUCAGACAUUAAGAAACAGAAAACAAGAUAUUUUUGAUAACUUUAAUUUGAGACUCCUUCUGUAUAUAGGUGCCAACAAUACAUGCAACGCUGGUAUUCAAUUCAUGACGAGAUUAUUUUUUGAAUUCUGAAUGACAUGAAGAAAUACAGUUCUACCAUAAUUCCUGAAUAUUAAAUUAAAACGACAAACAACCUUCCUGUACAUAUUGAAAGUAUGAGGACUCUUUCCAAAAGCUAUUGUAAAAAAUUCCAAAAUGCCACCACAAAUACUUUGAAGAAAUUUGUAGAAAAGGGAGAGAUAAAAUCCGCUUUCAAUGCAGAGCAGUUAGAAAACUCAACUUUCUAAUGUUUACUUCUAUCUCCGAUAACUGUAAAUACAUGUACAUGUAGUCAUUUCUCGUGCCUCAAUAACUGUCGGGUACAUGUACAUUUGUGACACGAAUGACAGGAAUCAGAAACAAAGUUCAUCACAGAAAACUUGUUACAUGUCAAAA